AUGAAUGGUUUUGAUAAUGACUUGAACUGCGGACGCAAUCUAUUGAAUGCCCAGAAGUUUAUUAUUGGAGGCAAUGAUGUGAAGGAUAAUGAGUUCCCAUUCAUGGCAUCCAUUCAGAGACCUAAAGACGAUGUCAACCAUAAGUCCCCGCAAUUUAAGCACAAUUGCGGUGCGACUGUACUUAAUAAGCGUUGGAUAUUGACAGCCGCCCACUGUCUCUAUAAUCGGUACACUUCUUACUACCUGUCCCUUCAGUUUCUUCCAUUACUUGUCAAUCUUCCCACUAAUAAGUUGCGAGUAGUGUUGGGAACUAUAGAUUUGGAGAAAACCAAGUUUUCAUGUAAAGUGGAAAAGUAUGUCAUUAAUGGUUGUUAUGACAGCGACUAUAGUGUCCACGACAUCGCACUCAUGAGGACCACUCAGGAUAUAAUACCAGUUCUCGAGAAUCACUCGGGUGUGGGAACAGUAUGUUUGCCCAAACAGGACAGUGAGUCCACAGAGACAGAGGUUUAUCAGUUGGGUUGGGGUAUAAACGAGACGUACGGCUCCAGUGUCUCAGAGAUACUACAAAAGGGAAAGACUUUUCUCCAUUCAGAGCAGUACUGUCUUUAUGCCGACCAAUACGUCAACAUCGGUCUGACCGGCGGUUGGGAACCCCUGGGCUUUAAACUCUGUGCCCGUAAUCCUCACACCAGUGCCUGUAAUGGCGAUUCCGGAGGUCCUCUGUUUCAGAUAAUAGAUGGCCGGGCCGUUCAGAUCGGGAUUACAUCUCAUGGCACCGGUAAUUAUAUAACCGAUACUCUGGGCUACCGGUGCUUCAAGAAUGAGGCCGUACUAUACACUCGAGUCAUCAAAUAUAUCGAUUGGAUUGACUCUGCGAUCAAAGAAUACUGGAAUUCAACGCAAACUACUAUUUAUACGAAAUGUAUAAAUUGUAAUCAAUUUGUGGCAAAUAGUAAUAGACGCGAGAAUAUUCUGGUAGCAAUCCAAGAUAUGAGUCAAUCAAAAACAUCUGCACCACCACCUAAUGUACCCACAGCUCAAUCACAGGCACCGGCAGUCCAACCAAAUGCACCGGCAAAGCAAACAAUGACCCCAACCUUAACCCCAUUACCCGUGCCCUCGACUGUCCAACAUGUGGUGACAUCGAGUCCGCUGCCAGUCAUAGCUCACUGUCCACACUGUGGGUGCGAUUGCCUAACACUGACGGAACCCAUAAGCGGCCGAUUGAACAGACUGUCCACAAUUAUAUGUGGUGUCCUUACCUGUUGCUGUUGCUGUUGCUGUCUGGCAGCCGUACCACACCUUAUCAUCGAGACCUACGAUGUGGGACACAAAUGUCGAAACUGUGGAAACCUUUUGGGAAUUUUCAUAAAAUAA